AUGUGGUUUAAUCGCAAAGAGCAAAGAGCAAAGAAUAUUACCAUUGGAAAACUACCCAGGGUAACUGAUGAGGUUGCCAAUGAGGCUGAAAAGAAUUUGGGUGGUAAGAAGAAUGCAAUGAAAAUGGUGUUGCUGAAGGAAACAAGGAUAGUCCUGCUAAUGAAGUUAAAAAAAAAAAAGAACCUGAAGAUAAGGUUUCUGAAAAGGCUCCUGGAAGGUACCGAAUUGGAGUUUUGCAAAUGGGAAGGAGAUGUCCAGGAAAUGCUGAAAGAUGUACCUAAGAAGCUUAACGUGCUUGUAGAGCAUUGGUCUCGAGAUGAAAAAAAUAAAAGUUUAAGAGAAACAAAAAAGUCAUUCCAGUUUAUAGGACAUAUUGUUCGCUUCAUCAUCUUAUGA